AUGAGCAAUACGCAUCACGAUUCUCAUAAAAAAAGUACGAGUGUUCUAGAAAAACUUGGACAAAAAAUAUCAAAUAUUAAAGAAGAUAUUGCUGAUAAUAUAGAACGUCGUAAGCAUUCUCAUAAUAAUACUAAUCAAACACAUGUUACAACACGAGCAAAUAUGACGGAUGAAUCAGUGGUUAUUGACAAGAAACCUUCAAUAGCAUCCGAAAACCAAUCAGGAAGAAAAUAUGAAAUGGAAAACGACGACGAUAACAGUAAAUGUGAUGACAAUCCAAAUACAGAACAUAUGUAUUCAAUAUCAAAAUUGGCAAUGAAUUUUGGGAAAAGGCCAACAAAUGAUACAUUAAUCGCUGCAACAGCUGGUAUGGUUCAUAAUGAUUCAUUUCGUUUGUCUCAAGAUAUAUUUUCAACGGUUAAUUCUGAACAAGCUAAGGAUAUGAUAAUGAGUGAUAUACGUUAUGGACAUUAUCGUAGUCAAAGUCGACCACCAAGUGAAAGUGGUCUAGAAGACUAUGUUGUAAAUAAAACAGAUUCUGUUGAUAUGACAACACAACCUACACCUGUACUUAUUGAUCAAAAUGCACAAAAAUCAACAAUGCUAUUAGCUGGACCAAAAUUUCGUUAUCAUACUGUUGAUCCUGAAAUACAAUUAAUGCGAGAUAUAAUUUAUCCGGUUUCGGGUGUUGUUGGAUUUUUGGCAUUAAUCAUAACAUUAUGGAAACCAAUCUCAUCAUUUUUUAGUGGAUUUUUAGUUGGUUUUAUGAUAAUUGCAGCUAUUGCUUAUAUUAUAACACAAAUAUAUACGUCUGCUAAAGCUGAUGAAAGUGUUGUUCAUGAAUGGAUUAAUUUUCCUGAAUUAGAAAAAUAUCAUGAAGACAAAAUACCUAUAGAAGAUAAACAUACAACUUUACAUACAUGUGGAGAAAUUAUAUUUGGUCGAUAUGAUGCUGAUCGUGAUGAUGAUUAUAUUCGUUAUCCAGUUGUUAUUUGUCUUGAUAAUUAUCAUUUUACUAUUCAAUUACCAACAAGAGCUAAAGAAGAAGAAAAUAAAGAUAAAGAAAUUAGAUUUGUUGGACAUCGAAAAUAUUUUAUCAAAGAAGCCAAUUUAAUGCUUGUUCCUGAAGCAACAAUGACUCGUAUAAAAUACUGGGUUAAUGAAUAUCCAAUUAUAAUACAAGAUUUAAAAUUAUUAGACAAACAAAUCUAUAGUCAAGAUUAUUUCGAAAAAUCAAAAUUUGAUACCGAUGAUUUUUUUAAUAAUUCUCAAACAAUAAUAAGUCUCUUUCUUGAUACAGGACCUGAAAAAGAAAAUUGGUUUCAUAAAUUAUCACUUGUAGUACGCAAAGGUAAACAAGAAAUUGAACGAGCUAAUCUUGCAUUAAUAGGUGCACCAUCAGCACCUUCAGUUAAUUCAACUGUAACUUCUCCAACACUAAAUAUGUUUGCACAAAGUAUUCCUGAUACACAAAUUCCUGUAUUAGGUACACGUGCAGCUGAAAUGCAAGAAAAUACAGUUAAUCUUGAAGAACGUUUUCAAAUGAAAUCAUCUGAAACAAUUGGUCCACCGUACCCUGAUACAACACCAACAGAAAAAGGUGAUACAGAAGCACUUCGUAGUCAAAUAAAUGAAGCUGAUAUUCGUAGUGACAUGGUACAAGCACGUAUUACUGCACAAGAAUUACGAAAUGAAACACUGGAAAAAGAAAAAGAUAAAGAAAAGGAUAAAGAAAAAGACAAAGAUAAAGAUAAAAAAACGAAUGAUAAAGAUUUAGAUAAGGAUUCAACAAGUUCACAUCAUACAGCAUCAUUAAAAAAGAAAGUUCGUAAACAAGAAGGAAAUCUUGAACGUUUACUUGAUUCACCUGGUUGUCUUGAUGAAGCAGCAAUAACAUUAAAUUUUAUUGCACGUCGACUUUUUUGUGAUAUUUUUGAAGAACCAUUAUUUAAAGAUUUAAUGAAAGAAAAAAUUGAACUUAAAUUAAAAGAAAUAGCUGUAACUGUAUUUGAAGAUCUUCAUGUUGAAACAAUUGAUUUAGGAAAAACAUUUCCUGUUAUACUUAAAGUUGAACCAAUGCAAUGGAAUGCCAAAGGAAUUUGGAUUAAUUUAUUUCUUUUUUAUCGAGGCAGUUUUAAGAUUACAAUAAAAACUCGUCUAUGCCUUCAACCAUUACUCAAUUAUAAUCCUGAUUAUGAUCAGCCAAUGUAUGCACAACAUCAUUCAGCUCAAAAUGUUCAUGGAGAAGAAAAAAAACUUGAUGAUGAUGAUCUUCUUCAAAGACAAAAAUUAUUAGCUAAAGAACCAGAAAUACCUGAAAAUGCUGCAUCACGUAAAUUAGGUACUUUAUUAACAAAAGUUGCUGCAAACAAACAUUUUCAACGAUUUGCGGCUUUAAAACCAGUUGCUGGUGUUAUUGAAAAAUUAUCUAAUGCUGAAAUUGGUGCAAAUGUUGAAUUAACUAGUUUUAGUGGUAUUAUGACUAUUAACAUUCCACCACCACCAAGUGAUCGUUUAUGGAUUGGUUUUCCAGAAAUGCCUGAUCUUAGUCUUAAAGUAACACCUGUAGUUGGUGAAAGUAUAUAUUCAUAUUCAUUAAUUCAUGAUUUUCUCGAAGCACGUAUUCGUGACGAACUUAAACGUAUGGUUGUACUUCCAUCUAUGGAUGAUCAAUUAUUAUCAUUCUUUCGUGAUUGGGUUAUUGAUGUUAUUGGUGAAAUAGCAUCAAAACCAGGAAAUCCAUUAAUUAAUAGUUAUAAAAGUGAAACAUCAUUUCGAGAUAAACUUCGAGAAUAUAAAGAUAUUAAAGAAUUGAAUCGUGCUGGUUCAUCAUUAUCUGAACAAACAAAAUCAGAUCCAAAAUUAUCAGUACAAAUGGAUACAAUAGAAAUGUAA